GAACUCCUGACCUCAGGUGAUCUACAUGCCUCUGCCUCCCAAAGUGCUGGGAUUAUAGGCAUGAGCCACCAUGACCGGCCUAAAACACCUACCUUUUAUUUCUAAAAAACCCAACACAUUAUCAGUAGGUGUCAUGCCAGACACCAUUCUAGGAAAGUAACUCAUCUGACUCUCACAUCAAUCCCAUGGGUAGCUGUCAUUUACAGAUGAGGAAACUGAGGCACAGAGGUGAAGCAAUUUUCCUGAGGUCACCCUGCUAAGUGACACAGCUGGCAUCUAGUGCAGCAGGCUGGCUCCAAGUCUACGCUCCUCACCCCUCAGAUGCUGCUCACUAAGCCGGAGUGGCUGUGGGAGCGAGUUAGAACACAGGACGCCCCUAGCAGCAGCACCCUGUGAGAAACUGCGGCGGAGGAGGCCAUAUUGUGGCGGUAUGCAGGAAGGCGCAGGCGCCCUUGGCCUUGGGACACAUCUCUCGCCAUGGAGUUCGACCUCGGAGCAGCUCUGGAGCCAACCUCCCGGAAGCCAGGUGUUGGGGCGGGCCAUGGGGGAGACCCCAAGCUCAAUCCCCACAAAGUUCAGGGCCAGUCGGAGGCAGGGGCAGGUCCGGGUCCAAAGGUCAGUCGCCUCAUCACCGGCUGCGGACGGGUGGGGUUGCCCCUGAUCCCUGACCCCAGGGUCCUGCCUUGGGCUUCCAACUUUGGGGGCUGGGUAAGGGGGCACUGCCUCACUGCCGCACCUCCAUCCAGCAGGGACACCACAGCUCUUCCGACUCCAGCAGCAGCUCCAGCGACUCGGACACGGAUGUGAAGCCCCACACCACUGGCUCCAAGCAGCACGAGAGCACCCCUGGCAAGGCCAAGAAGCCCAAAGUGAAGAAGAAAAAGGAAAAGGGCAAGAAGGAGGCUCCUCACUGAAGGGCCCUGGACAGGGCUCAUUAAACCUUCAUCUCUG